GGUCCUCUCUCGGACAAAAGGGUGUUAUUCUAUAUGCGGUAACUUGGAUAAUAGCUCCUCCGAACAGCUGAACACAAGGUGUUUUGGCAACGAGAAAAGUGUACCGUACGAACAACGGGAAAUAUUCUGCGCUGGACUAGUACCCACGGAAUCUAAAUGUCAUGGCGUACAGCAUGACGGCGGCUACCAGCACCGUGAAGACGCAGGAUAUGCUAAGUCUGGCGCUGACGCACAUUACUGAUAAUGCUUUUUCCUUUGACAGAUCCGCUCAUCUGACACCACACAUCUUCGUCACUACGGACGCCAGUGACAUUGGGUGUAGCGGCGCAGGCAGCACCGGGUCCACACCCGUAGCAACGCCAUCACCUCAUCAGAAACCUGUCAAAAAGAUCCGCAGCGGUCAAACGGAGUUAUUACGAUGUAAACGAAGACUGGACUUUAAUCAAAACGAAAACUCGAGUCUGAAUCUGAAUCUGAACUUUGGCGGUGUUGGGAAGUCGCAGCCGCCUGCGACAGUGGCGCGGCGGAAUGAGCGCGAGAGAAACCGCGUGCGAUUAAUAAACAUGACGUUUGCGACACUCCGGCAGCAUCUGCCCGGGAUGAAAUCAAGUGGGCAGCAGAAAAACAAGAAGAUGAGCAAGGUGGACACUUUAAAAUCUGCUAUUGACUAUAUUAAACAGCUUCAGCAGAUGUUAGAUGAGAAUGAUGCUGUGAAUGCAGCGUUUGGUAACAGUAUCAUCACGAACGCCACGUUGUCUCCGCUCUAUGCCUCUGCUAUGUCAUCGUCAUCGGCGCUGUCGCCUGGCGCCUCCUCCGCUACAUCACAUGAUUCAGGGUCAGCUUCUGAGACGGAGAUCUUCCAUCCGGAAGACGAAGAUCUCUUAGACUUCGCAAGUUGGUUUCAGUGAAAUCGGUCCAUCACAAGCGUUGCCAUGGAAGCGACACCCAGCAUCACCUGCCUUUUCUGGUCGCAAAUAUUCAUCAUGGAUGCUGUUGCCGUGGAAACGAAACUUGAGAAUCCAUCGAGGAGACAUAAACAUUGUGCGAGGUUGGCCGGAUUAAAUCAUUUGUGACAAUUUGAAUUCAUGAUUGAAUCAGGUGAUAAACACCACGAGUGCACCUGAUAUAGUAUAUCUUAGCCUCGAUUUACUAGCAAGGGGGGGCACGGUUAUAGACGGCAAGUUGACGCAACUGGUUGAAUUGUGUUAAGAUUUAAGUGUUCGAUGUAAAUAUGAAAGAAAUGAAAAGUAUUCUGUGAAUAACUGCUUUUAGAUGAAAACUAUAUUAUCAUGUGCGUUAUUUAAAUGUAGCUGCUUAAGAGAGGCUUAAUCAAAUAUUUUUAUACGAUAUUAGGCCGUUUCUGAUUUGAAUUACUGGGAUAAAGCUUUAACCGACUCGUCGGACUGUAUAUACAUGUAGGCGCUUGUUUAUUUUGUGUGUUACCAUAAUUUAAUUAGCUUGAUAACUAGUUGUAAUUAAUCUGACCUUCUUUGCCAUACGUAACAGUCGUGUUGAUUGGGAGUUUUUGCACAGUUCCCGAAACGCCCGAACGAACGCCUACCCGAUUGUUUUACGUGGAGAUCAGGACGACUAACAAUGGCAAAGACGCUCGCGUUGGCGUUUCGGCGACUUAGCAAAAACUUACUUCACGGAUGUAUAGCACCAUAUCCGUGCUUAUAUGUGUAACCUGUUCUUGUACUUGCAUACUUCGUCAUUAACAGUACUCCUAAUGGAGUUCCAAAGAUCUAUACCCGUCGAGCAAAAUGUUAACAUCUGAAAAUGACAAUGAAAAUUCUGAUACAGUGGAACCCGAGUAACACGACCACUCAUGGACCGAGGUGGAAUGGUGGCGUUACCGGGGUAAUAGCGGGUUGGUCGCGUUGCCGGGCUGGUCGCCGACCGGGGUUCCACUGUUCUUUAUUUUCCCGACUUACGAGUACUCGUACACGUAUAGGUGCACGCACACGUAUGGUUUCUUAACCUCGCUACUGCUUCUUGAUCUGCUGCUGCUGCUCCUGCUGAUAUUACUGUUUGGUUAUUCAUAUAUUUAAUGCUUGUUUGCUAAGGCUAAAAUUAUUUAUUAUCCAUUUGUUGUUUGCUUAUGAUUUUAUUUUCAAGUGAGAAAUUAAUUGUUCCGCUUUGAUAAAAAUUGCACGUGGAAUGUUAAAACUUUACACAACAGCUCGGUAAAACUCGGCAUGUGUCGAUAUUUUAAACAACAUUGUUGAAAAAGACAUGAAAAUCUUCAAGUCAGUUUAAAAUUUUGAAUUUUGAGCAAAAGAUCUUGGCCUUACAGAGAUGCUGUCCGGUUUCGCUUUUGUAAUGUGUUAUUACAUAACUGCUGCAAGGUACAUAGCUUUAAUUCUGCUAACUGCUGUAUUUUGGUGAUCUUCGGUACUGUAUUAAAUGAUUAUCCGGUUCUGUGUGUGUAGGCUAUGUUGAUAAUCUGGGAAUUCCUCUGGAUAAAACGCAACGAUAGUAAUAAUCUAUGAGCAUUUCGCCUGAACCAGACAUUUCAUAAAUUUUCAUCUAAAAACCUCCCCUUCCGUUUUUGACCAUUGCGCCUUAUUCGAAGGAAUCUCCAGUAUUUGUGUGUUAGAUUAGAAGAACACAUCACAUUUUUAUACCUAUGACAUCUUUAUUUAAUUGUUAUGAGACUAUAAAUCUCAAACAUACCGGUUUCAAUGUCGAACAUCGAACAAUGUUUUAUUUGUUUCAGAUCAUGUUUCACAGCCUUCUCCUUCUCCAUACAGGUUUCCCUCUCUUUACUCCUCUUAACCCACCUUUUAAUACGAUAAUUACCAUUGCAGUUUUAAGUAUCGAGUAAAGUACUGUUACGUGUAUAUAAACAGUAGUGUACACAAUUUACUUCAGGAGGGAACUUAGGCCUCAUAAGCCAGUCAGGGGUUGGGGCAAAAGUCGCCUCCCAGCCAGCUUUUAGUCAGAGUAGAUACCAUGAUUGUACAUGUAUACACCAUGGCCCGUAGAAUAGGCCUUUCAGCAGUAUUGGUUUUCUUUGCGCGCUGAAUGAUCGAUGGACUGAUCCGUCUUCUAAGAAUUGGCAACAGAAUCGAAAUGAAGAGGCCUACGAGUAUGAUGUAGUUUACCCGGCAAAUGCCAUAUUUAUUAUAAACCAGCUUCCUUUAUUCUAUUGAGUGCAUUUCGUAAUUUAUUGUACGCCAUAUGAUAUUUUGUCGAAUAAAAGAUUAUUGUUUGUAAA